UUAUCGCAGGAAAUCGCAUUCGGAGCGCGGUUCAGUCGGGUCCGGUGCGGCGAAGUUGGGCGAUAUAGAGGUGCGCGUGUACUCGCGAGAGCGGCUUCAAGAGCAGGUUCUCUCUCGUAACGACGAAAGUGCGGCAAGCUUACUUGCCUCUCGCGCUAGAACCGUCAGGUGAAACCGCGUACUUCGGCACGCGUAUAUUCGGCUCUAGGGAAAUCCGAUCCCGUCUCAAGAUUCUGCGACUCACGCUCGGCGCUGUCAGGAGGAUGACGACGGUGAUCGACAAGGAGGAGGCGAGGAAACGCUUGACACCGCUGCAGUGGCAUGUGACGCAGGAGAAGGGCACGGAGAGGCCGUUUAGUGGUUGUUACAAUAAGUUUUACGAGAAGGGAACGUACACUUGUAUCGUGUGCGAUCAGGAAUUGUUCUCCUCGGAUACCAAGUACGACAGCGGAUGCGGUUGGCCUGCAUUCAAUGAGGUUUUGGAUCAAGGACGCAUUAAAUUGACCAAAGACACUUCUCAUGUCGGUGGCAAUCUACUACUGCUGAUCGCAAACCCAGAUAUGGUGCGGACCGAGGUGACCUGUUCGAAGUGCGACGCGCACCUGGGACACGUAUUCAAUGAUGGACCGAAACCUACGAGGAAACGUUUCUGCAUCAAUUCCGCCUCUAUAAGCUUCCAUCCGGCGGGAGAGGAGAAAAAGUCUACGUAAAAUAAACUUAUUAAUUUAUAAUACUUCCGAUAUUUAUGUGACUCACAUGUGCAGUUAUUAUAUAUAUAUAUAUAUAUAUAUAUAUAUAUAUAUAUAUAUCGUGUUAUAAAUAUUAUAAAAUACCUCUGAUUUAUAUUUAUAUGCAUUGUAAAGAGAUAGAGCGUAAUAAUCAUUAUUGCAAUACCGUAUAGGCUGUCUCUGUAAAAUAAAAGUUUGUAUUAUUAUUAUUAUUAUUAUAUAUAUGAAAUAUAUAAUGUUUUUAUCACUUUUGAUGCAAUGUGAAUACUAUAUCGUCAUUAAGUAAUCUUUCUACGUCAAUUAUUAUAUAUUCCUUCGAUUUAUUCUAAAAUUUAAUAUAAUUUUUGCAUAUAUUCGCGAAUAUUUCUUUCUACGUUACAGCUUCUACAAAAGUUUACCGAGUAUUCUAUUUACAUGCAGAGAUAAAACGUUUCCGACCAACUUUGCACAUGCGACGAGAAGCUAAUUCUAUGUUAUCAAUUUUAGAAUCGUAUUGUGUACUGCUUUCUCUCUCGAUAUUACAAAUAUACUAUGUACAUAUCCGUAUUAAAGAGAACAUUGUUUAACUCCCACACAAGAUGUAUGUACAGUAUAAUGUGAUGUGAGAAAGCGCGCGAUAUUAAAAAGAUGAUGAAAAUGUCUAAGCAAAGAAUGUUAUUUUUUCAAUAAACGCCAUAUGUAAAAUA